AUGAAGAGAGGAGGUGGGGGGGUGGCCGCAGCAUCCCCUCUUACUAACCCCCACAUCCCCACCCCCAAUCAACCAACCCCCUUUAACCUCACCCCCCAUUUCAAACGCCCCCUCGAACCACACUCCCUCCCCCCUUUUCUUCCUCCAUACCCCUCCCCACCUACGAUGAUCCCUGUACAGUCCUUCACAGGUGGGGCUGCUGGUCACAAGUGGGGCUGCUGGUCACGGGUGGGGCUGCUGGUCACGGGUGGGGCUGCUGGUCACGGGUGGGGCUGCUGGUCACAGGUGGGGCUGCUGGUCAUAGGUGGGGCUGCUGGUUACAGGUGGGGCUGCUGGUCACAGGUGGGGCUGCUGGUCACAGAGCUGGUGCCUGGUGCUGGCGUGACGGCGGUGGUGCUGGUGCUGGUGAUUGGCUGUGCUUCUGGUGCCUGGUGCUGGCGUGACGGCGCUGGUGCUGGUGCUUGGUGCUGGCGUGAUGGCGCUGGUGCCGGUCAUUCCGCCGCCACUCCCUUCCCCCUUUCCCUCUCCCCCCCACAGCGUUCCGCCGCCAAUUCCUUCCCCUCCUCCCUCUCCCACCCACAGCGACCCCCGCUGCACACGCGAACAGUCGCGACGGGAAGGGAGGGUGGGGGUGACAGGCAAGGGGCCGGGGGAAUGCGAUGGGUAGAGCGAGGAGUCAGGAGGGAAGAAAACGGGACGGGGGGGGAGAAGGGCCGCGACGACCACCACAGACGCCGUCCCCUUCAUUCCUGA